AUGGGUAAAAACAGUGAGCUUGAAGACGAUAUUGCAAUAGCCUGCAUUACUAUGGUAGCGAUUUUUGGAUUACUCAGUAAUGGAAUGUCACUCUACAUUACACUUACGGGUUCACGUUUUCGUAACGCAUUUGGAAUUUUAUGCACAAGUUUCCUAAUAUGCAACUUGCAAGCUAUAUUUUCACUCUCCACAUGGUGUAUCAUUGUUUUAACCGUGAAAUCUCACAAACUAUCAUUGCCAGAAUUCUUCUUCACACGACCAGUGGGCAUUUUUGUGAACGGACCAUAUUAUGCAUCGCUUUUUGUACACUUUUUCGUCGCUGUCAAUCGAUUUUGUGCUUUCGUUUAUGCCACAAAAUACAAUCAGUUAUGGUCGAAAUCCAAGGCUAUAUUAGUUGGAGUUAUGUCCUGGGUGGUCGGGACUACCAUAAGCAUGGCACAUUUAUACAGUAAGUUCAUAUAUUAU